AUGAGAGGCUACCAUAUCCGCAUCUCCCUCGUCGCUGCCUCUGCAUCCGCUUCGAGCUCUACCGCAACCUCAGGCUCAUACAAGCAGGCUUCGGCCAUCGCAUCUGCAGCAUCUGGCAGCCGCAGCGACACCUUUGUCCCUCGGUACCUCUUUCAGCAGCUCCCCUCGCACAACCCAAAGUCUAGCGCGCGGCGCAACACGCUCUCAGUUCAUAGUACGGGCGCACAUCCACACGUUCAAAGCCAGAAACGGACAGACUACCGGCACGGGCCCAUCCGCGUAGACUGGGUGGACUUCUCACACAUGGAUGAGGCAGGCGGCUUCAAGAAGGUCAGCGCGGGCAAGGAACGCGAAACGUCCGCCACCGCGACAUUCGUGCCACACAGCAAGUCCGGCUCGGCCAAUUUACCCGAGGGCGUAGUGCACAUAUUCCGUGACUACCCACAUGCAUCCCCGGCGGAUGGCCAUACCUCCGGUCCCAGGGAUGCCUCCGCGGCCGCAGCUUCUGUGCCAGAUGGAGAAACCGAAGGCACGUCUAUGAAGAACAUUGAGGCGGACGAUGUCACGCUUGCCGUUCUGGCGGUACCUUCGUGGAUGACACCCUCCGACUUCCUCGCGUUCGUUGCGCCUGCGGCAGACGGUAUUGCACAUUUGCGAAUGAUCAGGCGCGCGGACUCGGCACCGAACCGCUCGGUCGUCGUGAUGAAAUUCCGGGACCCUGCAAACGCGGCAGAGUUCGUGGAGGCGUACAAUGGAAAACCGUUCAACAGCAUGGAGCCAGAGGCGUGCCAUGUGGUGCGCGUGCUCUCCAUAGCAAUUGACAGCGACGACCCCAUCUCCGAGAGCAUAACGCGCAUCGGCUCCGCUCGCGUCUCCGGAGCAUACGAGCUGCCCACUUGCCCAGUCUGCCUCGAGCGCAUGGACGCCGCGGUAACGGGGCUCGUUACCGUCCCCUGCUCGCACACCUUCCACUGCGCGUGUCUCAGCAAAUGGGGCGACAGCAGGUGCCCCGUCUGCCGCUACUCCCAGACGCUCCUCUCCUCGCACCCGUCCUCGCCCAACACCUCACGCACCCCGCGCGCCGUCCCGUUCGCGCCCUCCGCGUCCCCGAACGAGCGCUCGCACUGCGCCGACUGCGCCUCCACGACGAACCUCUGGAUCUGCCUCAUCUGCGGAAACAUCGGCUGCGGCCGCUACGGCCGCGCGCACGCGCACGCGCACUACGCCGCCACCACGCACCUCUACGCGCUCGAGCUCGAGACGCAGCGCGUGUGGGACUACGCCGGGGACGGUUACGUGCACCGGCUCAUCCAGAACAAGGCCGACGGCAAGCUCGUCGAGCUCCCCUCCGCAGCGGCCGGGGUCGGCGCGCGCAGCGACGGUGGCGUCGGCGGCGGCGGGCCCACGGCCGCGGACGCGCUCACGGCGGAGAAGAUCGAGGCGAUCGGGAUCGAGUACUCGUAUCUGCUCACGUCGCAGCUCGACUCGCAGCGCACGUUCUACGAGGAGCAGACUGCGGAGCUGCGCGGGCAGGUCGAGUCCAUGCGCUCGCUCGUGGAGCAGCUCGGGGCGGAGGUUGAGCUGCACAAGCAGCGCGCGCACCAGGAGGCCGAGCGCCGUGCCCAGGACGAGGCGGCACGCGUCGCCGAGCUCGAGCGGGAGAAGAUCAAGGCUGAGAAACGGGCCGAGAAGGCGACGGAGCUCGCACGCACGCUGGCCAAGGAACUCCGGGAGGAGCGAGCCGUGAGCGAGGGCCUGAUGAAGAAUCUGGCUGUGGCGAAGGAGAACACGGACGCGGCAUCACGCGAGACCGAUAACCUGCGGACGCAAGUGCAGGAGCUCCAGGACCAAGUGCGGGACGUGAUGUUCUUCCUCGAGGCGAAGAACAAGAUCGAGAGCGGCGAGGGCGUCGCUGCGGAAGCAGCGGGUGGAUCGCUCGAGAUUACUGAACAGCCUGAUACGAGACGUAGCGGAGGCAAGAAGCGCAACAAGCAUUAA